AUGGCUCAGACGGACGUGCUCCUGACUCGGGAGCCCGCGCCGCAGACAGUGCAGGUGUGUGAGCUGCCACGCAAAGAGUAUGAAGUGGAACGCAACACCGGCGCCUACACGUCGUCUGGCCUGGCCACCGCCGGCUUCCGCACGGCCAAAUACCUGGUGGAUGAGUGGUUCCAAAACUGCUAUGCCAGAUACCACCAGGCCUUCGCUGACCGCGACCAGUCGGAGCGGCACCGCCACGAGAGUCAGCAGCUGGCAGCCGAGACCGAGGCGCUGGCGCAGCGCACUCAGGAAGACAGCACGCGCAAGGUGGGCGAGCGGCUGCAGGACACCCAUGGCUGGAAGUCGGAACUGCAACGCCAGAUCUGGGAACUGCUGGCCGAGACCGACCUGCUGCUGGCUCAGAAGGUGCGGCUGGAGCGCGCCUUAGACGCCAUGGAGCUGCCUUACUCAAUCGCCAUGGAUAACCUACAGUGCCGCGAGCGCCGCCAGCACCCGGAUCUCGUGCGAGACUAUGUGGAGAUGGAGCUGCUGAAGGAGGCAGAGCUUAUCCGGAACAUUCAGGAACUCCUGAAAAGGACCAUCUUGCAGGCCGUGGAACAGAUACGUUUGGUCCUGACCCAGACGCUUCGGGAGAUCACAGACCAGGAACACAACGUUGCGGCCCUAAAGCAGGCCAUCAAGGACAAGGAGGCACCCCUGAAGGUGGCUCAGACCCGCCUCUACCAGCGUUCAUACCGGCCCAACGUGGAGCUGUGCCGAGAUGCAGCCCAGUUCAGGCUGGUGAGCGAGGUGGAGGAACUGAACAUGUCCCUCACGGCACUCAAGGAGAAGCUUCUGGAAGCGGAGCAGUCGCUUCGUAACCUGGAGGACACACGCAUGAGCCUAGAGAAGGACAUUGCUGUCAAGGUCAAUAGCCUCUUCAUUGACCGUCAGAAGUGCAUGGCUCACCGUGCUCGAUACCCCACCAUCCUCCGGUUGGCCGGCUACCAGUGA